GAGUGUCGGUGUGAAUGUUCGCGGACCCUUGCGUGAGUGUCGGUGUGAAUGCUCGCGGACCCUGGGGGCAGUGCGAGGCAGCUGGAGCAGCAGCAGCAGCGAUGCCGCCGGGCCGCGCGCUGCUCCUGAGGCUGCGGCAGCUCGACGCCUACCCCAAGCCCCUGGACGACUUCAGGGUGAAGACGUUCGGGGGCGCCGCGGUCACCAUCGUGAGCGGCCUCAUCAUGUCGGUGCUCUUCCUGUCGGAGCUGCAGUACUACCUCACUAAAGAGGUGCACCCGGAGUUGUUUGUGGACACGACGCGCGGAGACAAGCUGAGGAUCAACUUGGACGUGGUCUUCCCCCGCAUGGCGUGCGCGUUCCUGAGCCUGGACGCGAUGGACGUCUCCGGGGAGACGCAGAUCGACGUUGAGCACACGCUCUUCAAGAAGCGCCUCGACGCACGCGGGCAGCCCGUGGCGGCCGAGGAGGAGAAGCACGAAAUCGGGAAGCUGGAGGAGAUCCCAGACCCCACCGCACUCGACCCCAACCGAUGCGAGAGCUGCUACGGGGCCAACGGCACCGACCUGCAGUGCUGCAACACGUGCGACGACGUGCGGGAGGCCUACCGGCGGAAGGGAUGGGCCUUCAAGAACCCCGAGGUGAUCGAGCAGUGCCGGCGCGAGGGUUUCUCCAACAAGGUCCGCGAGCAGAAGGACGAGGGCUGCCGCGUCUACGGGCACCUGGAGGUGAACAAGGUGGCAGGCAACUUCCACUUUGCUCCUGGGAAGAGCUUUCAGCAGGCUCACAUCCACGUCCACGCCCUCGAGCUGCAUGAAUUUAAUCCAUUUGGCAUGGACAAGUUCAACUUGACGCACCACAUCGCCCACCUGUCCUUCGGCCGCGAUUACCCUGGCAUCGUGAACCCGCUCGACGGCACCAAGUCGGUCUCCCACGAAGAUUUCAUGAUGUUCCAGUACUUUGUUAAAAUCGUGCCAACGGUCUACGUGAAGCUGAACGGAGAGGCGCUGCGCACGAACCAGUUCUCGGUGACCAAGCACGAGAAGGUGGCCAACGGGCUGGCGGGCGACCAGGGCCUCCCCGGUGUGUUCGUCUCCUACGAGCUGUCGCCCAUGAUGGUGCGCUUCACCGAGAAGCAGAGGUCGUUCACCCACUUCCUCACUGGCGUGUGCGCCAUCAUCGGCGGCGUCUUCACAGUGGCCGGGCUGAUCGACUCCAUGAUUUACCACUCGGCGAGAGCCAUUCAGAAGAAGAUCGACCUGGGCAAGACGACAUAACGCAGCUUGCCAGGAAGCUGCGUUCUCUCUACACUGUAGGCAUUUUAUUUAAGAACAUACUUCAGGUGCGUGCGUGCGUUUUUUCUAAAUUAGCAGCCCAGACAAAGGGGUAGUGUGUUACCAGAGCAAUCUUUGUUCUGUCAUGCACAGCCCCACGACUAGGAGAAUGCUCGCCAUCGGGACGCGCGGGGGCCGGGAGCGUUUCCCAAGCCCGCCGGCAUGCGGCUGGCAGCGGUCCAGCGUCAUGUGUGGCCAACUUGUAAACGAAUGCCGGUCGCUCGCUCGCUCGCGCAGCCCAUUCAGCACACACGCCUCUGCGGCCGCUGGCUUCUCGUGACCGCCGCCGCGUUUCCCCGUUCUCGUUUCCGCGCGGCGUCUUUUGUCACGGAGGGCCGCGGGCCCCUCGCCGCUCCGGUUUGAAGAGUUACCGAAGACCCGCCUUGGGUUCUCCUGCCUCGGGUGAUGCGUGCGGGUGGAUUAAAUGAUGAUCAUGAUGGUGGCAAUGCUGCGAUCCGCCGAACUCAAGUCAACCACGGGGGGUGAUUUUUGUUGUGCCCUGUGAGAACUUGGGAGAACCAGGAUGAGUCUCGUCGUCACCACGGCGACGAAAGCGAAACAACUCGCGUCAAGUACAGCGAUGAAGCAAAUUGGAAUCGGAGCGAAAACGGCAUCACGUGAGAAAUCCAAAUUAUUCCCAGCAGUGGAAGUCGGCUCGGGCAGAUUGUUUUUAAGACUGAUCACAGGACAAUGACAAUUGAGCUACAGAAACGUGAAACAGAUGUCGGGUGACUUGCACCAACGUGUAAACUGACGGGGAACGUAUGUGUGUGAUAUGCGUGAACUUCUUCCACACCGUACGUAGCCAACUAUGCUAAUCAGAGGUACGGUGGGGGGGGAAGGACAACAAACGAAACGAAAACGCAUUAUAGGGACACAGUCUAAACCUUUGCUUUCAUAUACAAAACCAUGGCCUCUUAGUAAGGAAAACACAUUGCGACAAAUUCCUGGUGCAUCUGUUGUUACAUAUCUGUUGUUGCUACAUAUCUGUCAAACUUGUCAAAUUGGAAUAUCUAUAUUUUGCGUGGCAUCGUUGGGGAAACAUGACACAUUUUCCAUAAUGGAGGUUUUUUUUUGCUUAAAUAUGAAUGGGUCGUUAAACCCGCAACCACCUGACACAGCCAAUUAGUGAGGUUUGUCACGUAAACAGAACGUGCCAUUUGGUUACUAGUUCAGCACACCGGUUGUGUGUUGGAGAGUAAACCCACAACAUUUACAAUUCGAAUAUCGUGACAUUUCGCCGGUAACAACAACCAGCAUCAUCAGGCGACAGCCAGAAUUGUGGAGAAAUCAUGUUUUGGUCUUGAAUAGAGAUGUGGGUGGGGGGGGAAGGGUAAAUGUGAUGUCACUUGUGUAUCACACUUUGAACGAGAACCGCCUCCCCUGGGAGCCGUGCGAGGUUUUCUACACCAAAACCGCGGGGCGGACGAUCUGCGUCUCGCUGGGCGCGCCGUGAUGUUCUCUCGCCGCGACCUGCGCACGCUUCCGCCGCACAGGGAGGAUGGCCUCCUCUUCAACGCUCGUCACCGGCGUCGUUGUGUUGUCCCCUGCUGAUGUGCACGUGCCCCUGCUGCACACCGCAAGUCAUUAAACACCGCAAGUCAUUAAACAUUGAACUGGAGACGGAAACAAACUUGGCCGUGUCUUAAUCGACCGUGGAGUUGGGCUAAAUAAAAACCGGUAACCGCGUGCAAACAACCGGGUAGGGGUAGCCGGCGCGUACAUAAAAUGCCUCGCGGUAAACGCAACGUGUUUACGUUUUUAGCCGAGACAGCGGCGGUGCAAUGGUCGGCGCGCUGCUCGAUUUGCGAUGCACAGGUCGCCAGCUUGAUUCCAUCUGCCGGCAGCGUGGCGGUUGAAACAACAGUCGUUGUUUAACUCGGUGCAUUCAUCACUGACGCUCCACCGCCAUCGGGUACCGCUUCCUGACUUUCAACGUAAUUUCAUCGGUCGUGAAGACGGUCACCGGUGACCGGUCAAGGGCCCAUAGACACCGCUGGGCUGAAGGGCUUCUCUCCAGGUGGCACGGGGCGUGGUGGUGCCGGUGCUUGGGACGGCGGGUGACGAUCCGUGGAGGUGUCUCGGCCCGUGACGCCAAGUGAAUGGACCUCCUUGUGAGUGCCGGGUGAGGAUUGGUGACUCUCUCGUGCUCCCCCCCCUCUCUCCGUGUCGCGAGACGUUGGACGUAAGCCGGUUCGAUGCGUUAAGGCUGCUUCUGUGUCUGGUUGAAUGUGUUAAGGCCGCGUCUGUGUUGCUGUAGGAUUCUGGUAAAUUUCUAUAAAGGUGAAAGUCCGCCCUUGGUGAGCUCUCGUCUUU